AUGCCCUGCCAACCAGAUCAGGGCUUUGCAGCCUUGGCAGUGCAGCAGCCAGAAACAGAGAGGAUGAGCACGAGCACUUUGAGUGCAGUGGUUGCGUUGCGAGCGUCCAGCAGUUUCCUGUCCGAGGAGGUUCAUGCGGAAUCUUGCAACUCAACGAUCGCCUUGCCACGGCAUUUCUUUUUUGGCUUGGGGCUGGCGCUGACGGCUUGCAUGGGCGGCGGGCUCAUAUUUGGCUGCGCUCCUUUUCAGAAUGCCCUGGUACACAAGUAUGGAUAUUCAAUGGCUGAUACGGCUGCUGUGUGGGGCCGAGGCUUUGAAAUGUUUGUUUUCGGUACAGCAAUCCUUUCGCCAUUUUUGGAUGUGGUCGGGCCGCGCUGGUUUGCAGUUGCUGGAGCUGCCAUGGAAUGGCUUGGGCACAACUUUCUGACUAGGACAGCCUCCUUCCCUGUCACACAAGGUGUUGAUAUCUUGUCGUUUGCGUAUGGAAUGGUCGGCCUUGGGGGCAACAUGCUCAUGCUCGCUUCUGUGCAGUUCUGCCAGCUCUAUUCGAGGAGUAGCACGGCGGCUGCGUUGCUGAUGGGUGCCUACCAAAGUGCUGGCUUCAUCUUCACGAUCUUCAGCUUGACCAAUGUGGACUUCUCCACCUUCUUCGGGAUCUACCAAGUCAUCUCGCUGGUGGGCUUGGCGGUGGUGUUGCUCUCGUUUCCGGACAAGCCAUGCGAGUCGCCUCAGGAUGCGCACUGCAGCUUGCCUGUGGCCUGCACAUGGCUUUGUACCCGGACGGCGACGGUGGAUCGGACGGGCAUCGGAAGCCUGGGGCGCUCGCUGGCGCCGUUGAAGCGGCUGCGCACGUGGCUCUUUCUUCUCUCCUUCUCCAUGGCUGCCACAUGUGGCGCUUGGUGUGAUGGCAUCUUCCUGUCUGAGCUGAAUCGCAAGGCUGCAGCAGACCCAGCUGCGAAGAACAAGCUGAGCCAGCUCAUUUUUUGGAUGCCCCUGGUAUCAAAUGCAACAUUCUUUUUCACCCCUUUGAUCGGGGCGCUGAUAGAUUCACAUGGCUUUCCGCUAGCGGUGCAGCUUCUGUUUGCAGUGAUUGCGUUGCUGGUGCUAUCGCUGUGGCUGCUGCCCUUGGCUUGGCAAUGGCUCACGCUGCUGCUGCUGAACUGGCUCCAGGCGGUGACCUACACCUUGCAAUUCGCAUACAUCACCCGGAGGUAUGCCUCCGACCAGUUUGGCGCGGUCAUGUCUUUCAGCACACUGGCGCAAGCAGCUGUGAACCCGCUGGGGGUUUACUUGUUGUCGGCCCCACUCUUUCAAGCCGCCAUUGCGUUCAUUCCUUGUAGUUUAGUGCUAUGCGGUCUAUGGUCCUGGCAAGAGACGGCGAGACCAGCGUGA